AGGAAGUGGGGGGCGCAGGCCAGCCGUGGGGCAAUGCAACGGCCUCCUGGCACAGGGCUAUAAGAGAAGCCGGGUGGGCACGGAGGGGCAGAGACCCCGGAGACCAGCCUCACCAUGACCCUUGGCUGCCGACUCUCCUGCCUUUUCCUCGCCUGUGUCCUGCCGGCCUUGCUGCUGGAGGGCCCCGCGCUGGCCUCGGAGAUUGUGGGCGGUCGGCAAGCGCAGCCCCACGCGUGGCCCUUCAUGGCGUCCCUGCAGCUGCGUGGAGGCCACUUCUGCGGCGCCACCCUGAUUGCGCCCAACUUCGUCAUGUCGGCCGCGCACUGCGUGGCGGACGUAAACUUCCGCUCCUUGCGCGUGGUCCUGGGAGCCCAUAACCUGCAGCAGCGGGAGCGCACCCGCCAGGUGUUCGCCGUGCAGCGCGUCUUCGAAAACGGCUACGACCCCAUCAACUUCCUCAACGACAUCGUGAUUCUCCAGCUCAAUGGGUCGGCCACCAUCAACAACAACGUGCAGGUGGCCCAGCUGCCGGCCCAGGGCCGCCGCGUGGGUAACGGGGUGCAGUGCCUGGCCAUGGGCUGGGGCCAUCUGGGCGGGAACCGUGGGAUCGCCAGUGUCCUGCAGGAGCUCAACGUGACGGUGGUGACGUCCCUCUGCCGCCGUGGCAACGUCUGCACUCUCGUGAGGCGUCGGCGGGCCGGCGUCUGCUUUGGGGACUCUGGCAGCCCCUUGGUCUGCAACGGGCUAAUCCACGGAAUUGCCUCGUUCGUCCGGGGAGGCUGCGCCUCGGGGCUCUACCCCGAUGCCUUUGCCCCGGUGGCACUGUUUGUAAACUGGAUCAACUCCAUCAUCCAACGCUCCGAGGACCACCCGUGUUCCCUGGACCCGGCCAGCAGGACCCACUGAGAAAGACCCCCUGGGUCACCUCAGCUGCCCACAGCCGCGUUCUCCAGCAUCUGGUACAAUAAACAUCCCUCUGUUUUGUAGAA